GCGCGCCCCACCCCCAUCUCAUCUCAUCUCUCUUCUCAUUCUCACUCCCCACUCGUCUUCCUCCGACUCACUCUCCCCUUUGUCGCCCCCUCCGGCCCCCCCUCCCUCGGCCGUCCGUCACGCCCACUGCCCCGCCCCCGGCGAUCCGCGCGCGUGCGCACGCACCGACCGUCCGCACCGACACUUGGCCCACCCACAACCCUUUGCCUUCCUCCCCCUCUCUCUCCUCUCUCCCCCUCCCUUCCCCUCACCUCGCUUGUCCCCCUCACGAUCGCCGAAAAAGUAAUCGACACUCCGCAUUAAUCCACCAACAACAUCAUCAUUCAACAACGUCCCAGCGCUCCCCUUACGGCCAGGCAGGGCCCGUAAACCUCCAGCAGCAGCACCAUGGUCGGCGCAGCCGUCUUCUUGUGGGCCCUCGUGCUCGCCAGGACCGCGGCCGCGACGGUGCUGGUCUCGGCCUUUUCCGACUGCUCGAGUCUGACCACUCCCAUCGCCCCGCCGUCGCAGCGCCUUGCUGUCAGCGAUGUCUUUGUGCAGCUCGUCAAGGGUGACGAGAGUCUACGGCUGGGCCUCAACGGCGGCGGAGUCGACGUGCUCCGCCUCGACGUUAUCGGCACCUCGCCGUCCGUCAUCUCGGGCUACAAUAACAACACGCAGAAGCUCGCGACAAUCUUCACCACGACGCAGGAGGCCGGCGUCGUCCAGUUCAGGUCGACGGGGUGGCUGUGCAACUCGCUCUUCCCAGCCAACCUAACCUCGGAGUACAUUCCAGGCAACAUGACCUACUGCCCGCUGCCAGCGGGGCCGUUUGGCAUCAACGCCUCCAUCCCGCUCUACAACGUGCAUGCGCUCACGACGAUCCACGCUCGGAUCCAUGUUGUCGAGACGAGCGAGCCGGCUCAGACAACAAUGUGUGUUGACGUCUAUGUCACGCCGUAUGACGACGGGAGCUGGCCCUACAAGCUCUUCCUCUGGUUCCCCGCCUCGCUGGCCAUUGCCUUCUGGAUCGUGACAUGGGCAGCGCGUUUUGCCGCCGGCUGGCUCAUCGGCGCCGACCGCCGCGGCAGUGGACAACGCGAAGCUGCCAUGCUCAAGUGGGGUACCAUGCUCAUUAGCGGCCUCAGCGGUGAACGGCUUGGCGUCAGUGCUGCCUUGUUAAGAUUCGUCACUCCAGGUCUGCGAGACAUCCUCCACCACAUUCAGUUCGUUACGAUGCUUGGAAUGAUUGCGGUUUCUUGGCCAAGCUUCUUCUACCCCAUUGUGGCGCAGAGUGCCUGGGCUGAUCUGCUGUGGAACGCGACCAUUGUCUCAAGCAACCACACCCAGCUGUUCCCGGACAAGUACACGCCGCCAGAGAACUUUGCGCCUCAAAUGACCAACACGUCUUACCCCCUCUACCUGAACUCGACCGCCACCAACAAGUUGCUCAACCUCAACUCGACCCGCGACGGCAUGGAUUCGUUUGCAUUUGUGGUCGGAUUGCGGCCACAGGACUUGUUCGGCACUUGCUUGUCGCUGUUUUUGAUGCUCGCCGGCGUCAUUAUCAUCGUCAGCCUGCUCCUCUGGAUCGUACACGGCCUGGCAGAGUGGUUCAGCAAGGAGACCAAGCCCGUUGCCCGCCCUCCUCCGCGCCCCGGCCCUCGCCCCUACAACACGAACAGAAGCAGCUACAUGAGCAGCAACGGGGGCCACUCGAACGGGCACUCGCGGUCCAGCUCAAAUGCCAAGGAGUGGUACGACCCACGCGGUUCCCAGACCGAGUUUGGCCAGGUGCCACUUACCCCGGCCUCAAUGACUCCACGAGCUGCGGCUACGCCCGUGGUGCCAUCCAAGUUCCGCCGUAUCUGGUCUCGUUUCACUCCCCGAGGCGAGGCCGGUGCCUUCCACUUUGCAGCUCUGUACGGCAACCUGCUGCGACUCAUCAUCGCCUUCCACUUCCCCGUCACUGCCGUCUCCGUGUACCACCUCACGCUACAACGCACGUCGAUUGUCUCCAAGGUCUUCGCUGCUCUCUCCUUCGCCUUCAUCUCGGUCGCCAUCCCGACAUUCAUCAUGUACAAGAUUUCGCGAACUCCGACCGGCAAGCUGUACGAAGCCGCCCGAACCCUCCUUGGUCUGGGCCCAAUCUACAACGUGUACGAGCAAGAGAAGCAGCUGUACCGUACUCUGCCCCUAGUGGGCAGCCUGUUGAGUGGCAUUGCCAUUGGCGCAGGUCAGGACAGUGGCCUCGCCCAGACCAUUGUCCUCAUCGUCGUCGAGCUCGUUGUCUUCCUCGCCACUGCUGUGUGGAGCCCCUGGGGCCAAGGAGCCGGCAUGGGCGGUACGGUCAUCUUCACCUCCAUCGCUCGUAUCAGCUCGAUUGUGCUGGCAAUGAUCCUGGCGCCGAACGUUUCGGUCGAGGAAGGCUCUCAGCAAUGGCUCGCCUAUGUCGUGCUUAUUCUUCAGGCCCUCGUCUUCAUCUUCUACUUCUUCAUGGUCUUGGUCAAGAUUCUUGAAGGCCUCAUUCGCCUGUUUGGCGGCGGCACUUUCGACGAGUCCAACCACCCGAUCGACGGCGGCAUCUUUGCUGCCAUCAUGGACCUUGACUGCCUGAACGGUGUCCGCGGUGGCAAGGCUGCGGCUAGGAAGAAGCGCAAGCGUGACUCGCGCCAGCUUCAGCGCAACGUGUCUGUCGCCGGAUCUCUCACCACUCAGAUGAUGCUCGACCGCCACUCGCAGGGUGUUGAGCGCCAGCUCGGUGGCUACACGCGCGCAUCGAUGCACGCCCAGCGCGGGUACUACCAGGUCAGCAACCCGUCGGUCGACCACCUUGGCCGCCGCUCCAUGUCCGACCAGGGCAGCAUCGCGUCCAUGUCUGAUGAGAACCGCAUCAUGGACAUGUGGCGCCGCAUGGUCACCCCAACCCACGGAUACUCGGACAUUCAGCCUCUCGCUUCGCCUAGUGAGAAGUCGCCUGUCAACAGCCCGCGCAGACAUAGUACUGGCUGGCCACAGACCGCUCCUCUCAUCCGCGUUAGCGAGGAGAAGGGCUCGUCCUACAAGCCGCAGCACAGUAGAGCGCACUCGUCAUCUGCCAUUGUCGAAGAGCUCGCAUCGCCUACAUCCCCCGUGCCGCCCCCGAUUCGCUCCAUGUCGACGUCUCCGCGCUUACCGCCACACGGACAGCUCGGCGUCCCAACAACUCCGACAUACCCGCCGGCUCGUGGCAUUCGGCCCGACAACAACGGUGUCCGCCCGCCGCCAUUAACCAUUUCCAAGCGUCGCUCUCUCAACAACAUUGCGAUCGAGGAAGAGGAGGCUGGAGCGGCCGAGGCUUCCAAGCGGCGCUCGGCGUGGUUUGGACGCUCGGGCGCCGACGACCGUACCCGAGCACGCCGAAGCCAUGACGACGAUGACUCGGACGACGAGCCUGGACCGCGCCGACCUCGCCGUCGCUACAGGAACCAGCGCCAGCAGGGCGUCGACCCCGAGACAUCGCCCCGUGCACCGCGUGGCUUCAAGGCGCUGUUCACACGCAAGGCCAAGCUGGACGAGCGGACGCGUGACGAGAACUCGGCGCGCAAGGCUGCCAAGAUGAACGAGAGUGCCGCCAUCUUCACUGGUGUCGAGGCUCCAUCGCAGAACACCGGCAACAACACAUUCCGCGUCCAGCGCAAGAACCAGCCAGCGGCCAGGCCAGUCAGCGGCGCUUCGGGAUCGGCAGUGCCGCUGCUUGCCGCGCCUCCUCCUUCUUCCUUCAAGGUCGCGCGCAUGCGCCAGUCGGGCCCGUCCCCUGGCAGGACGCCGCCAAUGGUCUCCCCCUCCCCCUCUGCCCUGGAGGCACUGCAGAACGUUGCCGAGGAGCCGCAGGACGCGCCUGCCCUCCACGUCAACCGCCAGCUCCGCCCGAGCCCCAGCGGCUCGAGCAUGUCGAGUCUCCAGCGGACACCCGACCCCGCCGUGCCCGCCCAGCAGUCGUCGGGCGGCUACGCGACGAAUCUCUUUGUCCCCCUUCGACCAGGUGGAUAGUUUAUUAAAAAUUCUUUCGCUGGCGAGAUUAAUCACGACACGCCACGACUGUACUCGUUUCACACAUACACGGAUGGGCUCUUAAGCCCCUCUCCCCAGACUCUUUGCACCCCCACACUCAUUUGGGCCUCCGCCACUGUAUCGUACUAUGUGAUCCGCCGCAUGCAUAAUGUUUCGCC